CUGUUAGUGGGUAGACUCGACGCCGGUCACGACCGAAAAUGCUGUCGCCAUUCUUAUUGGCCGCUUGUUUCGUCGCCUUCCUGUCCAACGUCAGUGAAACCUAUCGCCACCCCUUCAUCAUUAGACAUCAAGCCGCGUUUGACGAAUAUUACACAGAAACAGACCAAGGACCAACCGGUCCACCAGUCGAUUUCUCAUCUCUCGACGAACAAAAUAAUGAGCCGAGGUACGAACAGGAGGCAAGCGCUUAUGCGGAUGACGGCCCGAUCGGUCCGCCGAUAGACUCACCAGCGCCUGACGACGACCAAUUGGAAUUACCCCAAGGACCAGGUGAUUACGACCGCCAGCACAAAUACGAUGGAGUCAAUAAUAAAGAUGCCAUUGCUGCUGCUGCUUCCUUUCGCUCCGAAUCACGAUUGAGCAAUCCCUGGUACAGAGCCGGCAGGUACAUUGGAGAAAAGCUGAGAUUCUUCCAGUCGUAUUUCCCGCUGGUAGGACCUCCAGGUCCGACGGGUCCAACUGGCCCAGCAGGACCUAUGGGACCCACAGGUCCAACUGGUCCAACUGGCCCAGCAGGCGCAACAGGACCCACAGGAGCCACGGGUUCGACGGGUCCCAGCGGCAGUGACGGAUUGCCCGGAAUUCCGGGAAAUCCUGGCGCUGCCGGAGCAGCCGGAGCAGCCGGAGUACCUGGAUCAGACGGUACCCCCGGAGUGCCAGGUGUCCCUGGUGCUGCCGGAGCGGCUGGUGCCGCCGGUGGUUCGUCUUCUUCAUCGUCGGGUGGCGGUGGAGGUGGUGGCGGUGGUGGCGCUGCCGCCGACGCAGUGGCCGCCGCAUCCGCCGGCUCUUCUUCGUCAUCUUCCUCGUCGUCGUCUUCAUCUUCUGCCGCUUCCGCCGCAGCAGAUGCUUUUGCCACUGCCACAGCUACGGCCACUGCAACCGCUCACGGCCUCGUCGAACUGGCAAGGACCAUCGUCGACGAAUCCACCGAUCCUGAAGCUGUGUCCAUCGCUUCUCAAAUUAUCGACCUCUCAAUUCUUAUCAUGGACGAGUCGGAAAAUUUAGAACAAACCUCCACAAUCUCUACCAAGAUCAUUCAAUUGGCCAGCACCAUCGUGACGGAAUCUUCCGAUUCCAUUGCCACCACCAACGCCGCCGACAUUAUCCAAUUGGCCACCGAUCUGCUGUUAGUUACCAACGAAGCUAUGGAGCUCAUCGCCAUCGCCGAAGUUGAAAAGAUCGCCGAAGCCGAAAAAGCCGCCCUAGAAGCGGAAGAAGAAGAAGGUGAUGAUCCGGAGGCUGAAGAUGCUGAGGAUGCUGAAGAAGAGGAUUUACCUACAAGCUCCGGUGCUGGUGGUAAGCCGGGCUCGGGUGGCAAACCGGGCUCCGGCGGCCAAUCUGGUUACACUAAAGUUGGCACCAAGAAACCCGGUUCAGGUGGUGAAGCCGGAGUUAAUGGUGGGGCAGGUGAGCCCGGCGCACCUGGCAAUUCUAACCCAUCAGCAUUGCCAGAAAGUAGCUCAACAGCACCUUCUAAAAAGAAACCCGUCCCUCCCAAACGCCCAGCCGGUUCAGCAUCACCUUCGAAGAAACCUAUUACCUCGGAAAAUAAUAACAGGCCGUCCAAGAAACCCAUCGCUGCCGCACCAGCCAUCCGACCUGCUCCAAUAUUAAGUCAAUCAGACAUUUUAAAUGCACCCGCUCAAAUUCUAGGGCGACCCGGCCCGCCCGGUCCACCGCUUGUUAACUUCCUGUAAAAUCGUUAAUGGUGCUAGCGUUAGAUGUUUCCUUGUAUGAUGCCCAUCAGCACUCUGUUGUAAAACUUCUUUUAACGAUGAAUCACGAUUCAUCACGCGUGAGUCCCGCCAGCAGCAGCAGCAGCAGCUUUUCUUUCAGACCGUGAUCUAUAUCUGCGUGAUACGAUGGACGCGUCAAAUGUUAUUUAUCGUUGACUGGAACUGGAACAUGAUAAUAACGGGGAUAUAUCUCAGAGAAAAUGGCGCUGUAGCUGGACAGUCGGGUUUGUUUUUGAAAUUGAAUAAUUGAUAUAAUGUCUAUUAUCUAUUGUUAUUUUGCUUGGAGAAAUCAACGAGUGUAAAUGAGUCGAUACAAGUUUCCUUGAAUCCAUUUUUCUUACAUCUGCCUCUGUAUGUUAUAUAACCGCCAUUCUAAUGAGUACCGGUAGUUAUAUAUCAUAAAAGCCUGCUGCACAUUAUUACAUAUUUGGUUGAUUUUG